GCUUGGAGCGAGAGGGCGGGAACAGGCAGGAGACGGCAGCGCUGUGCAGCGAGCGGCCGAUCUGUCAGCGGCACAUUCAGUGUUGUUUGUGCAGUACUGAGUAGCCACAGCUGUGAUUAUGGUUGAAUAUAAUGGAGAGAAAUGGACGGAUCACGGACUGAGAUUACCGAGUACUUCUACAGAGAUUUGGACUGGACGUAAACAUGCCACAGCGUUCUGAUCGCGCUGCACACAUCGCUGUUUUCUGGAUAUAACGCAGUGAAGUUACGGGAAUCUUUGUCAUCCCGGACUGAAGAAAGACAAGGGGGCCUGAAAUUACACGGACGUCGGUGGAAGUUGAGCUACGUUCUCCGCUAGCUAAGUUAGCAUUUAGCUUGCUGUAAAAUACCAACAGUCUGUUUUUUUACCCACUUGGAAGAGGGCAGUUAUAUUGCAAUUUGUAGCGCGGUGUAUGGCACACUCAGUGACAGUGUCUUUCAGGAACUAUCGUAUCUGAUGAGUGCUUUACGUUAGCAGCAGUGAUAAUAGCUAAGCUAGCUGGGAAGCUCUCUGGCAGGGCUAGCUUGUUGUUCCCCCUGCUAACUUAUUAGCCAACAAGCUUUUCUUAACUGGGAACAAAAAGACAAGAGUUAACGUUACACCCUCCAGUUUGUUUUAGUUUUUCUGAGUGAGGCAUAAAUCAGAUAUAAAUCUCAUCUGAGAUAUCCGCUCAUAAAAUCUGCCAAGUUGUAACAGCCACUUAUCUUAUUAGAAUUAUCAUUCCAGACAAUAAGCAUGUUUUUCUUCCCUACAUAGACUUUUUAUUCAGAGUCGUCCCGCCCAGAUACAGCUUUAGUUACUCUUUGAAUGUCCCUUUAAUAUAUGUCAAUUAAAAUAAGGGGGUUUGGCAAAACAUUGUGGUUACACCUAUUUAUAACCUGUCAGUCCUCAGUUUGAAAGACAGUAGCAGUUGUUUACUUUGGGUAAAGCUCAGCACCGUCUGUGACCAAACUAUUUUUAUUUUCUUCACCUUGAGCAAUAAGCAUGCUUUGCUUUUUUUAAAUCACAUAUUUGCCAUCCAUCUAAUUCAAGUAAGACAUUCCUGUGAGACUGUGUCGUUGGCCCCUAUUUUGAUCUGAAAGUUACCUGCUUGUACACACCUUGGAAGUCUGUUAUAUUCACCAGACCAAACAAGGACUUUCUGCUGGUGGACCCUCAUUCAACAAGUUCAUGGGAUAACAAACACUGCCUUUGUUUUGAGUAGAAUAACACACACGGGGGUUGGUUGGUUACCCAUCCUUUUGUCAAAGGGGGAAGUUUACAGUCAGUCAUCCUCAGCCUCCGCUGCCCCUGGACUCAGAUGUGAGAGACGAUGGGCAGCCAGGGCAGCCCAGUGAAAAGCUACGACUACUUGCUCAAGUUCCUUCUGGUCGGAGACAGCGAUGUGGGCAAAGGAGAGAUCCUGGACAGCCUGCAGGAUGGAUCGGCCGAGUCCCCGUAUGCAUACAGUAGCGGUAUUGACUACAAAACAACCACCAUUCUUCUGGACGGGAGGAGAGUGAAGCUGGAGCUUUGGGACACCUCGGGACAGGGGAGGUUCUGCACCAUCUUUCGCUCUUAUUCCCGCGGAGCUCAGGGGAUCCUGCUGGUGUAUGACAUCACCAACCGGUGGUCCUUCGAUGGGAUCGACAGGUGGAUCAGAGAGAUUGAUGAGCACGCUCCAGGCGUGCCUCGAAUCCUCGUAGGUAACCGUCUGCAUCUGGCCUUCAAACGGCAAGUUCCCACUGAGCAGGCGAGAGCGUACGCCGAGAAGAACGGCAUGACCUUCUUCGAGGUGAGCCCGCUGUGCAACUUCAACGUUAUCGAGUCCUUCACGGAGCUGUCGCGCAUCGUCCUGAUGAGACACGGCAUGGAGAAGUUCUGGAGGCCCAACAGAGUGUUCAGCCUGCAGGACCUCUGCUGCAGAGCCAUCGUGUCGUGCACGCCGGUCCACCUCAUCGACAAGCUGCCGCUGCCCGUCGCCAUCAAGUCCCACCUCAAGUCCUUCUCCAUGGCCAACGGCAUGAACGCCGUCAUGAUGCACGGACGCUCUUACUCGCUGGCCAACCCGGCCGGCGGCUCCAAAGGCAACAGCUUGAAACGCUCCAAGUCCAUCCGUCCACCGCAGAGCCCGCCGCAGAACUGCACCCGCAACAACUGUAAAAUCUCUUAAUCAGCGGCUUCCUGCAGGGAGACCGUAAGAGACGAAGAAUGAGUAACAGCAAUCAGACGGAUGUACAGGACGUUUGUUGUAGGAAAAGAGCAUCCCUGAACCUGAGGAGCUGAAGAGCCGGAAUGAUGGACAAACGGAUGAAUGAGUUCGACCUCUCACCUUCAUGAGAUCGAGUCAGAGAGUUUAAAGUACUCUGCAGGUGGAGGAGAGAGCGAGAACGGAGCCUCAAGAUAUCAGAGGAGGACGACUACAAACAUUUUGAUUCACACUUCACUCCAGAGUCUGUCUGCUGGAGUGUUAAACUACAUGUACAGAAAUCUCUCACCAACUCGGCCAUAUUUAGUUUGUCCACAUGAUGCUCGUCACUCAUCGUGUCUCUGCCUCACAGGAAUCACCUCAAGAACAACUCUUCACUCUUUUGUCUCACCUUUCUCUCUUCUGUCUGUCUGGUUAUAAAUCCACCUUUUUCUGUUCACACCUCAGUUCAUUUGCUAUUUUAAUGACCAAUAAGCUAAAGAUCAAGACACUAAAAACCAGUCAGUCCGUUAUUGAUCUUUGUUCAUCCUCAGCCGGCUCUAACACUCACUGGUUAGAAUGAUGUUUUUGAAGCUGGAGGGAAAUCUUGUUGACAAGAUGAUGAAGGCUCCCAGCCGGCGUGGAGACAAACCAACCUGAACCAGAUCUCAGGUCCAGACUUGCUUGAGUCUAAAUCGAUUUCUAGGUUUUCUCAUGGAAGUCAUUAUAAGCAAACGUUAACAAAUACAUGCUGCAUUUUUAAUGAGCCGGCUCACCUGCGGCACAUUUUCUCAAAGCACAAAAACAACCGUGAUUAUUGAACCUGCACAGAAGAGUCGGACUCCCCAGUAACAGCUCACACAUCUGAGUUUAAGGUUUUAUAUAUAGGGAUAGGGAUGAAAAUGAUGCUUGUUGCCAUGGAUACUACAUAACACUAUAAGAAUAAGAAACCUAUUUAAGGUCUCCUGACUCAAUAGAGCGCCGCAGGAAUCCUAAAACCUGGAAAUACGUCGGCAGUUUUGCGCUUGUGGCUCCCCGUAUCGAAGUCAUGUCGGGAGAUUUUCACCUUUAGUUCUACGACGUAAAUGUCCGUCAGUAAAUACGUCGUCCCUGCAGCACUCUGUUGAAGAAACGUAUUCAACAAGGUGCAUCCAACUGCUCUUUGGUCCUAGAGCUUCUGGGAGUUGUAGUCAGAAGAAGAGAUGUGGUGAAGGCACCUGGAGUCGCUGUCUGAGCUUUUUCUUUCUUUCUUUCUUUCUUUCCUUCUUUCUUUCUUUCUUUCUUUCUUUCUUUCUGUCUUUCUUUCUCCUCAUUUCCCCACCAACAUCUUUAGGGACCUCACCUGUCCUGUCACACCUGUGACAUGCAGCACACUCCUCCACCAGUCCUGGCUAGUUACAUAUAUAUAUUUAUUACACAUGUGCUCGUAGUGAUACUCCACUCAAAUUCUGUAGACAUUAAUGUUAAAUACUAAGGCCAGGAAAAAUAUCGCUGACAGUUUUGAUUCCCGUUAAAAACUGCAACAUCCUUCUUCUCUAGUUUGAGAAUUUGCUGCUUUUUUCCCUUUAAACUGAAUAUUUUAGGUUUUAUUCUGUUGGCUGGAAUAAAAAGUGUUAUUUAAAAGUGGUUAGUGGGACUCUGGGAAACUAUGAUGAACAUGUUUCCACUCUUUUCCCACAGUUUAGAGACUUCAACUUUUUUUGAACUUUUAAAAUAUCUGAUGGAUUAUUUAAUGCAGCCUCUAAAAUGACGGUGCAAAUGAACUAUGAUGCAUUUUUUUUCUCAGAAGUACAAAAUCACUUUUUUUAAAAUCCCACAGAGGUGAAAGAUUUUGGGUGGAAUAUCACUUAAACUCUCCUGUGCCAAAUGAUCCAACUAGGAAAUAUAAGGCACCUGUUAGAUCAGCUACUUCCUGUUUUUCAGCAGGGUGUGGAGUUCCCCAGCCGUCACGUUCAUGGUAUGCACUGAUGUGUUUUCAGUGUUAGACGUGGAGGGAGAAGCUGGAGGGACGGCGAGCUCAGUUUUUCUGUGUGGGAUGAUGACGGUGAAAGAUGUGAGGGCUGUAAACAGAAACCAGUCAGGGUAGCUGGACAGGAUCAGGUCAAGUCGUCAGGUAAAGUGGAAUAUUUCAGGUGUUGAUAGUAAACAGUGAGUCAUGUUUAUCAGUUCUUCUUCCCCCAGAGGUCUUCACUUAAAGGACCAAACUGGAGCUUUUUGCAUGGUUAAGAUUUUCACCUGCCUCGUCUUUGAAGUAUAAUUAAGUUGUGAUUGUGAGAAAACAGGCUUUCAGGUCUUAGUGGUCACGUGUUCCCCGUCGUGUUCUCAGUUCGUGGUGAUGACUGAUAGUUGUAAAUAUUGUUCAUCAGCAAGGAAACACGUUGCUCUUUGCAGAGACAUCAGCUCCAACCUGAGGUGAUGAGAUCGAGCCGACAGUCGUGUCGCGUUGAAACAAACACGUGAACUCUUCUGAGUCGCUGCGCUCCGACUGGAUCUCCCGCAGGAAUUAAUGCAGCACGUCUUCGCUUCUCCUCUCUCCCCCUCUGAUCUCUACCACUGCCUCCGCAUGCUGUCCCAUGAUUCAUAGCUGCUGAAUAAUAGAUGCUCUUUUCAUAGAUCUCUGGAGGGCUUCAUCAGAACGCCCUGGCUCCGUCUCUCCUCGCUGCUCUUUCAUCCUCCACUUCUCCAUAGGAAGCUCUGCGUGGUUUGUUUCUUUCUCUUCACCUCAGCAUCUUCUUUGCUUUCUCGCUCUCUCCGUCUUUGCUUGGUUCUCCUCAGGUGUUUAGUGGGUUUCCUCCUGACCCCGGUCAGAUCCUUCAGGCUGAGUGUUACUCUAAGUGUGUAGUUAAGUGUGAGUGCUGGUGGACUCGCCAUCUGCCUCCCCCUCCUCCUCCUCCUCCUCCUCCCCCCCUCAGUCUGAUCUCAGUUGUCUUUGCCUCCAGACUUUAAGAUGUGUCGACUCACAUGGUGAAGCCUCUCCACUGAUCCUGAGUCAGAUUACUGCAGCAUCGACCAAUAUUUUAACGUCUUUCAGCACAUUUACUACACAUGGUUUCCUGUGUGAGGGAAGAUAUUCACACACUUUUAGCUGUGAUGCAAAAAAAAAAAUGCUUCAAUAGUGAAAGCAUUUUUUUGUGUUGGAGAUGAGCGAGUGAUUAUCUUCCUUCACAUCCAAGCAAACGUGUUUGUUCUUGUGACUCGACAUGGAUAUGUUGGGUUUAGAGUUUCUCUCAUAGACUUCAAUCCAGCUGGAACCACAGUCCGGCCCAAAGCAUGAUGACUCUUCCUUCUUCCGUUUUUUUUUUGUGUGUGUGUUAGCUGCACAGCUAACUUAGCUGAGUAGCUAAUGGCAGCUACAGUUAGCUGCAGUUACUCUUGUGAUUUGCUGCCACCUAUUUGUUUUGAGUAUGAAUGGCCAAUUCUUACAUAUUGCACAUUUUAUAAGCUUCACGAAGAGCCAUCCCCUGAACAAAGGUUCUUCAGUUAGUGAUGGCCUUUUGAAGAACCUUAUAGGAACCGUUAUAUUUCUGAGUGUUAGCUCUUUGUCUGGUUGAUGCACACUAGUUAAAUAAACGGAAACAGGAGGUGCUGUUUGUAAGAGAAGUUGGUUUUUGAGCGUUGUUGGGAAUGAGACUCAAAAAUCAACAUUCCUGGCAAAAGUUGAUUUGUGAUAAAUGAGUUAGAAUGUGUAGAAGCUCCAGUUUGGUCCUUUUCCUCAGUGUAAACAUGAGGUGUUGUCACCGACCGCUGGCUGCAGCCUCCAUGUGUUCUGCGUUUAAGGUUUUUUGGAGCGAGAAGUUUUAGAAACAGCUGACUCGCGUGAUAUAUUUAGUGUCAGCGUUAGUUUUGUCUCCAUCAGUGUUUUAAAAAAGACGGAGCCGAAACGGAAUUUGACUCGAGCUUGUUGCCAAGAUGUUGAGAGAAGAGGUCUCCCUCUCUGACGAACAGGAAAAGGCUUCUUACUGUUGCUGCUGCUGCUGCUGCCUCACAGAGCAUAUUAACCCUCCGCGGGUGGAAUCAUACUGUUGUGUUAUAUUGUACAUCCACUCACUUUGUGUUAUGAUGAGAUAACAUGACUGUUCUCCAUGUCUUUGCUUCUCUUUGUUUCUGUAUGGACUCCCUCAGUGUUUGUUGUGUUUCUCCUUAACGUUUUUUGGAUUUCCAUGGACGUUUUUUUUUAAAAGAUAGAGAUGUUGGUGAUGGUGGGAGAUUCAGGGAUGCCCUCUGAUGUUGCCUGUUGUGGAAGUGUUUGUAUAAAGGAGCAGACUCUUGUGAUAAUGAUGACGACUUAGACAAAAAAAGAAAAAAAAAAGAAGAAAAAAAAAACACACCUGUAAAACACUAUACUGGUUUUUGGCUAAAGCUGCUGAGUAAUCUUAAGAGAGAGAGAGAGAGAGUGUGUGUGUGUGUGUGUGUGUGUGUGUGUGUGUGUGUGUGUGUGUGUGUGAGUGUGAAUGUUCUUCAAACACCAAGCUGAACAUUUUUGUUUUUUUAAAUUAUUGAUUGUACAGUUUCAAGGCAAAGGGUAUGAAGAGAAAGACUUUUUCACAAUAAAACUAUUGAAUGUUGGAGUCAA